UGCUCUAUUCAUCCGCAAGCGUCAAAAUGGCAGCUUCUUGUUGCACUUGAAGUUAUUUCAUUUGUCAUUACUGUAUGCUAAUAUACUUUGACUGCUGAAAGUGCACAGAAGCAAAGAAGUGCUUAUUCGGCCCAGCAAUAUAACUUUAUUACGAAGAUGGCCACAGGAGGAAAAUUCCCAAGGCUCAAGCAAUCCAAAUCAGAGACCAAACAACGAAGCAACUGGCAGAGAUCUGUCAGUUCAGAAAAGGAUGAUGCACUGAGCUUGACCAGCUUUCCUAAUGACAUCAGAAUUAACAACUGGGAUCUUUCGGAUCUGAGACCAAGUGCGUCAACAGACAGUCGUCGAAGGAAAAAGUCCAAAGGAAAUCCAGAGCGUGAAAGAGAACAGUCAUUGUCUGUAGACUCUCCACCUCAUGGGGAACAGAAACAGAGAACACCCUCCUCACUUUCUCGAACACGAAAUACCCCAACUUCUCAACGUGAUGCACUAGAAAAAUUGAAGCAAAAGUUAACUUACAGUGAUGAUCAAUAUAGUACUGAUGGAGAGCCAAAUAAUGAGAGAGCCAUAAGCCAAGGGAGGCGACGUGUGGCCAACAACACCCAGCCAAAAGGGGCUACAGCCAGCAGCAGUAGUGGGAGAGAGGCACGUAGUAAUCGCAACAAUAAUACAGAAACUGGGACAGAUAGCAACCAGAUAGUGGGGCGACUUAUGCAGAUACGAGAUUAUAUAAAACAGGCAUCAGCCAUGAUGGAGUCUCUGCAAAAAUCAGGAGAUGCAGGAAAUGCUGAAGACCUGGCAAAGGUUGGCAGGCUGAUAGCCAACCUCCGAGAACAGGAGCAAGGCUAUCUGGGCCUACUUCACACCAGUCUUGUUGUCAGAAGCGAAGGAGCAGAAGGGGGUGAUGGUGAUUUGACAACACGAGAGGGGGCCGUUAGGGGAGAGUCUGACUCUGAAGUGGAGCUUGAGGUGGAUUCUAAUGCAUCAGAGACAUCAGAAAGCUCAUCAUCAUCAUCCUCACGCCCCCGCAUUGAAGACAAGCUUGGGAUAAGUGAUGAAGAUAAAGACUCUGAUGAUAAUUCUAAAGAGGAGGACACAGCAUUGGACAACACUUUGAUUGCUGGUGGCAGUGGUGGGGCAUCAGCUGCCCAGCUUCUGGCCGCCCGCAAUGUUGCCGAGACUUUGAAUCACCUCACACAGGAGAGAGAAGACCCUGUUGGAGCUACUGGAGGCUGUGAUGCUCUCACUGCUCAGCAGAGACAGCAGCUCAUGAAAAUAAUGAUGGAAAAACAGGAGCAGCUGCGGAUGCUCCAGAAGAAGCAGGAUGAGCUGUUGGCAAAAAAGCAGGAGGCAGAGAUCCAGCUUCAGCAAGCUCAGGCACGAGACAAUCAGGCUCGAGCAGCUCUUGCAGCCAUGGAAGCUGGGCGAUUGGCAUUAGAAGAGGAGGGGGCAUUUUUGGACCAGGUUGAGGGCCAGCUGAAGUCCAAUAUUGUAGGCUACCCAGAGUCAGAGGACGAUGAAGCAUCUAAUGCUCGUGAAAUGGAUGCAUUGACAGAGCUGCAGCGUCAGCUGAGCUACCUUAGGAAUGAAUUUUCAGCUGAGCGCUCCGAAAAUAGAUCCCGCAGAAAUACAGAAGGUGUAGCAGGAGGCGGUGGGAGUAGUGCUGCUGGUGGUAGUGCAGGAAGCCUGUCUGUGAUAGGACAACAGCAGCAGCUGGAGGACAAACUGCAGGACCUACAGCAGAAAAAGGCAACCAUGGACCACCUGUUGCAGCAGCUACAGACCUUGCGUUCUCAUCGAAUGCAGGUUCUCAACAAUGAAGCAAGUACCACACAUCAGAUGUCUGCUCAACAGCCAUUAAGGCUUGCACUUCCAUCUCAGCGACAGGAACAGGUGGCAUCAACAGCAACAGCAAGCUCACCCUAUCGAUUGCAUGAUGGCUAUGGUUUGGACAUUUCUUCUCUCCUAUCGAUACCAAUGAUGGCAGCUGAGGGUUCCACUGGCCCAGGGGCUGCUAACAUAGACCUUGAUAGUAUUGGGGUGGAUCAGGGCUCACUUCUGUCUGUGAAGGAAGCUCAAGAAAAGCUGCAGAAACUUCAAGAGGUACGGCAGCGUCUCAACCAGUUGCGUGAUCUUGUGCAGUAUUAUCAGAAGAUGAAGACACAGCCAGGCAGUGAGGAGGUUGAGAAAGAUGAGGGUCAGGAUGCAGCCAUUGGCCUCACCGAUGCUGGUGAACAAGCUGAGAGACAGUCAAGUCAAGGCGGGGAUGGUAGCAGCUUUGGUCACCCAUCUCACUCAGCUUUCCUGCAAAUUUCGGGGGCAAGACCAAUAUCUGGUGAACAGUCUGAUGAAGACAAUGCUUCUUCUUCAGAUUCAGAGGAUCAAGAUGGGGAUCUCAGGGCAUGGGACUGUGAUCCUGAAGUACAGGAAAAGAUACGCAAGUUGAUGAAAGCAAAAGACAAACUGCGAAACCUGCAAGGCUUGAUAGCUGACAUUGAAGGCAUGCCUGGUGGAGAAAAGGAUGUGGAUGAGAUGUGCAAGGCACCACGCCAGAGGACUGCCCCAUCCACAGCACCCGAUCAUCAAGAUGCAGGCAGCGCUAGUGUGGCCAAUCUGUCUGUCAGUGAGGGGGAGAUGGCAUCGGAUAUUGUACCUCCUCAUGAUCGGACUGGAACUGGAGAGGGGCAUUUACAACAGCAAAUGCAGGAGUUGGCACGGCUACAAGAAGAGCGACAUCGUUUGCUUGCCCUGCAGGACCAGCUCAAAUCUCUACACGAGCAGUUUCAUGAAGGGGAAAGAAAUUCAGAGUCUGAGGUCAGAGCUGAGGAAGGUGUCCGCAAAGGUCCAGGAGAUCAAGCAGCCAGUAGUGCUUCUGUUGUCACAUUUGCUUCCAAUGAUGAGUUGUACAGCAAAAUGCGAGACCAGCGCAUUCAGCGUGAAGAACUACGUUCUAAAAAGAAGGAACUGGAAGCUAUCAUGAAGAAAGACCAGAACAGACGUCAGUACUUUCGGAACCAAGACAAUCAAAGUGACACAGUGUCUUACUCUACAGGAACUGAUGCCUUUGGAGCAAGUGCUAGUGCUGAUGCUACUAUGGCAACUUGGGGAGGUUCAACUGUUGAUAAUCUUGAGAACAUCACUGAGGAUGAGGAUGGACAGGAGGGAGCAGCUCCAGCUAAUGAAGAUGACGGGUAUCCUAGUGAUGGAAUAGUCCAAGUUGAAGAAGAAGAGGAGGAAAAUGAUGACACUGACAAUGGCACUUACACAAUUGAUGCAGAUGCUCGUCAGCGUCGUCAGGCUCGUCUGUUAAGUGCUCCGCAAGGUCUUGGAGCUCGUCCAAAGACCAGCAGAGGGCACAGGGGAUUCCCCCAACCUAUUAGACCAGUUUCUAGGAAGAAUAUCAAAAAGUCUGAAAAUCAGAGUUGGAAGCAUGCCAGUGUAGAGGAAGAGAGAGCUCCAACCCGAAAAGCAAAACAAACAUUUUCCAAGAAUGUGGAAAACUCAUCCUCUGUGGAGAAUGAAAGCACCCGGUCGCCUCUUCAGCAGUUCCAGAAACAGUUGGAAAGAAUGUCAGCAAUGUGUCAGAACUUAAUGCAAGAACAGCCUGCUGUUUUAUCAAAUAGAUUGCAACAGCAAAAUUUGUUACAGUCACAAUUAGCAACUCUUUCACCUGUUGCAGAGGGCAAUCUCCCUGCACCCAAUGAUCUGCAGUCACAGCUGAUGCGAGAGUUACAGCAGCAGCAGCUUAUGAUGGCAAUUAGUCAGUGCAAUCAGCAGCUCAUGAUGCAGCAGUAUGACAUGCAGGCUCUCCAACGCCAGCUGCAGCAGCUGACAGGGCAAAUGGCUGGCUUGCAGCAGCACAUCCCCUCAACACUUCUCCCUGCUGCACCUGAUCAACUUGUUCCCCAGCCUUUCACUACACACUCGCAGGUGAUUGCCACUCCAUUCUCUGCACAGCUGUCUCCACUAUCUAGCACAUUGGCUGCUCAUGUUCCCAAUAAUGUGGCAACCAGUGUGAAUGUGCAGUCUUCAAGACAGACCACAUUCACUGUCAACCCCAGCUUUCCAGGUUCCUUCCACUAUGCCAAUUCUCAACUUCCUGUGUCACAGGGUGUGCAGACAACCAGUGUAGAUGGCUUCCCAAGUUCUACAGAUACAGAUAAAAUCCCAAGCAAAUCCUCAAAAGAGCGAAGGGCUAGCAUUGAAGCUAGCAAUGGAGAAGGGUAUAGAUUGUCACAACCUUUCCAAAUGUGGGAAGGUGCAGAGGGUGGCAGCCAGCCAGCCUUCCAACAAGAAAGAAAUGUACCCAGGAUGAACCUUCAAGCCUUUUUGAAAUCACGGAGAAAGAAGAGUUCAAAGAAAUCUUCAGAAAGAAUUCCUCAGAAUCAACCAGAAUGGCAGGUUGCAGGUACAAGGCAGCUUGAACAGGAUGGUAACUAUAGACCGGGACUUAGUGCUGGCAUCAGUGGCUUGGGGUUCAGCGACAAAGCCAGUGUCUCUAGCGUAGCUUCUAGCCAGAUGGAUGGAGCCGAGGGUGGCCAAGAGAACCAACCAGGACACACAUCGACAUUUGGUGAGCUGAAUCUCUUUGAGGAACUGCGUGAAACCAUUUACACAGAGGUAGCAACGCUCAUUUCUAAGAAUGAGAGCCGUCCACAAUAUCUCAUCAACUUAUUCCGAGAGCUUCAGAACCUGACAACAGAUCUUAUGAGGCAACGUGCCAUCUUCUCUGUUCAAGAGAUAGUGCAGAGCUCUCUCACCAGACAAGACCUUGGAAGUCCUGAGGGCUGGCAGCCAUGGAAGACUGUGCAAGAGCCAGCUGUCAGUGAGAUGACACCUAGUGAAAGUGUGGCCACUUCUGAUGAGGAAGUAAAGCCCAGCAUGAGGCGGCAUUCUGCACUCUUGGAGCAGCAGCAGAAGCAGAAAUCUCAAGAAGCACGAGCAAACUGUGGCUCUCUCAAGAAUAGCAAGUUUGAUUACACUGAAGCUGCUGUCAGUACCAGCUCUGUAUCAACACCAACCAAUGAAGUCGGAGAAUCACCCUUUUCUCGUGACUCACUUGGAGAUACUGUCAUUCACCUAGACAAGGCUUUGGCCAAAAUGAGGCUUGAGAUGCAACAGGCUGACCGAGUACGUGGAGAAAGAAGUAGGGGUGUUGUGGAGAAUAGACCUGAACUGCUUUCUGAACUAGCUGGAGACCAGGGAAGUGAAAGUUCUGUAUCGGACAUGCCAUAUCCUCGGAUUGACGCACAGGAGCUGGACCAGCAAAUCAAGGGAAUUAUGGGACAGGUGAUUCCUGUAGUCAAAGAGCACAUCAAUGAUAUUUGUUCCCCCCAUUUCCUGGCCUAUGUUCAGCGUCUUGUGCUGUCCUUGACCCGCCAACCUGGCCAUUCACAAGAAUUCUCCAGAUUUUUCUAUGGGCAGUUGUCUUCAAUCCUGCAAGACUCUCUAGCCAAAUAUGAGGGUCGAAGGGUUCGUGAGUGUGGAGAAGACCUACUGUUGGAUAUGUCUGAAGUGCUGUUUAAUGAACUGGCAUUCUUGCGCAUUAUGAAAGACCUAGAUGAUCCCAGAGCUGUGGAGAAAAUCAAGGGCAAGUCAUGGUUCACACCAUCUACCAUCAAAAACCCUCAAGCAGCCAUGUUAGGAGAAGAAUACACUUCUGCUGGCAAUGAGAGUGACAAUGAGAGUUCAGAAGAGGACAGGGACCAUGGUGAUGCCAUCACAACACAAAAUCUCAAUGUUAAUGGCCUGGAUGAGGAGGAGGACCUGGGCAAGGACCGGGAUGAUGAGCUAGCACAGAAGCUAGUUACACAAGGUGUUGAUGAAAAAGAUGAAGACACCAGUGAUGUAUUCUCUUCAUCAGCAUUCCACAUUCAGCUUGCCAUGAGUGAAACUAAGCCCUUCACAAGGAUUGGGAGUGAUGAAGAUACAGAUGGAUCAGAUGAAUCCUUAAGCUUGGAAGAUCCUUCAGACACAGCAGUGUCCCGCAAUUCUAUGAUGGAGAACCGACGAGAACAAGUUUCUGCUGCCACUCCAACUUCUUCCACCAUUGCCAAUACCACAUCAGUGAUCUCCCCUGCUGCUGCUGCUGCUUCCUCUCCCCACCAGCACAGCCUGCCAGCAGCUACAGUGGAAAAAGAUGGUGAUGUAUCAGAAGCAGAUGGAACGCAAGAGAUGGCCAGCACAGCAGAUGGUUCACGCGGAUGUGAUGGCAGUAGCAGUAGCACAGAUGUUGGUAAAAAACACAUCGAAGAUGGGGUUGUGAUGCAGGUUAAUGGAGAUUUGGGCAGCACACAGGAGGAGGAGGUGCCUGUGGAUAUAGGCGACCUGCCACCAUCUCUUAAUCUGUCAAACCCAGAACUUGUUGAACAGAAACGUGAGGAAGAGAACAGAACAACUGGUAUUGAAGCAAUAAUGAACUCAAUGGACGUGGGUCAAGAGCUGGCUGGUGAUGGUAGCGCUUUGAAAGAACCUGAGUCAUCUGGUGCACCCCAGGAGCCGUGAUUUCCAGCAGUGUUGGAAGAGGACUGCAUCACUCAUAUGAUGCAUUCAUGUUACAGAUCUGUAGUCUCGCUAAGCCUAGAACAGAACCUUUUUGAGUAUUAUUAAUCUGGGGGAGGGAAAAGGGCUGAAGCAUUAUAUUCAUCAUUUGGUUGCUUAACGCUUCAUUUAUUGCAACAUUUAUAUCAUUUUUGCAAUUGUUUUGUUUGGUUUGGUUUUCUUUUAUGACAGAAGACAUUCAUUGUUUGUGGUUUGGGGGACGUGUUUUGCUAGUGGAACCAGCACUUUUCCAUACAGCUGUAUUUCUGUAGAUGACUAUGAGGUGAGCUAUGAAAUAUGCAUCAUAGUCCUUGAUAUUGUAGCAUUAUUUUUCCAUUUUGUGGACAGGACAAGCAGUCUUGUGAACAUCUUAAUCCUUAGCUUUAGAUACAAAUAGUAACAACCAGCAACAUGCAUGAGGAUAUACUUUUUUCUGUAACCAUCACUUCCCAUUAAGGAAGGAACACAAACUAUUCCAAAAAGCUGCCAGAACAAAUAAGUCAGCUGAUGUGUCUUUCUUUGUGACUGCAUCAUGUAACUGUGCAUAGAAAAUGUGCUGAAUAGACUGGGAUGACAGACAUUCCUUUUAGGCAAACACAUCCAUAACCUUAUGUUGAUAGUUACAGAAAAUGUGGCCUUCAUCCAGCCUGUCAGGUUGUAUGUUUGCUGUGAAUUUAUUAUGUAAAGGCUGUUGUUAGGAGUGUUUGGGUCUUGUUUAGGUUGGGGUAGGGGGUUGUUUGUUGUUUUCUGUUUUCUCAUUUUUGUGGGGAGAAGAUAAGCAAGAUCAGAAUAACAGUUGCUUUGCCAGUUAGGAAAAAUACAAAUUGAGUUGAUUUGCUCACAGUCAGUUACUUCUGCUCAGUGUAAAUAAUGAAGUGGUCAUUUAAGACAUUGUCACAGUCACAUCACACAGUGACUUCAAGCUUUGAAAAGCUCUUUGUAUUGCUUUUCCUUAAUCUCAUUAGCAUUCCAUUUGUGCUGCUUUUCGUUCUGUGUAACUUGUCAGUUAUUUGCUUGAGACUGUGUGUGUGUACACGUAAGUGCACAAUAGUUUGCACUGGUGCAUACACAUUUUCAUGUAUGGUAACAGCGUCUAUUACUACUAACGUCUAUUAAUAUUGCAUUUUAUGCAGUCAAGUCCAAAAAGCACACUGCUGAUCUUAUAUUUUUGGCAAGGAAGAGUGGGGGAGGGUUGCAUGUGGUCACAAAACUGGUACCAUGGACACAGGGUGCUGACAACAGAAUUUUGUACAUUUCACUCAUACCAGAUCUUACAUCUUUCCCCUCUCGCCUUUUUUAAUGUUUUUUUUUUUUCUUUUGGAAUGUUUUGUACUUAAGAGUGGCACUUUAAUCAACUUACAGUUUAGAGAACAAGAUUUCUGUUGAAUAAUGGCCAAAGGUAUUUUGUUUUUCCUUUGUAGUUCUGUGUGAUGUGCAAGUGGGAAACUAACAUUUCACUAUGUUUGUGACAGUAGUUAAGGGAAGGCUUACACAUAAUUUUCAACUCAUCAAAAUGUUAAUGUGUGUUAAAGGUAUGAAGACAGUAUUUUUAUCUUGCUUUGUGCUAAUAUGCAACAGUGACAUGGCAGCUGGAAUUUGAUGAAUUAGCGCUGGCUUAAAAGAGUUAAUGAUUACAAAAUGAACAAUAAAUCCACGGUGUUUAACAUAUCAUUUGUGAUAGAUAAGAGGAUUUUCACAUCUAUGGUCCUCCAUGUGUCAACCCUCAUGCCAGUCUGCCAACUCUCUCCCAUUAUCGUGUCAAGUUGACUGAAACAUAUUUUGGGAACAAAUAGACAUGGCAAAUAUAUAUGAUCUGUGAUACUACACCAGCACAUGAUUCAACUAUGAAACAGAUGGUGCUGAUGUUUCGGAUGUUCACAGCAAAAGUUACUCUUUGUUGGCACAACUUUACUGGAGGAUUGAAACAGUAGGAAAACUGAUUCAAGGUACACUCAAAAUUUGAAUUGCUUGUGUUGAUAUCGCCACAUUCAGUCUUUUCUUUUUACAUGAAAACUAAGGGAGAUGGGGGUUACAAAGAAAAGAGUUGGAUUUCUUCACAGAUCUAUAGUCUGGCAAGGAGCUAUCUUUAAAAAAUAAUCCACAGAAUUUUCAAGUUUCCAGUUACAUGUACCAGUCCUACAUCUGUGGGAUAGGCAUACAUGUUUAUGUAUUCAUCUGUACAUGUGAGAAAGAAACAAUUUAUGUUCUGCAUAAAAUUCUAGAUCAGAAGAAAGAUGAGAAAAUUUGUGCUGUACUAGUGCCUGGUAGAACUAAUAAUGCUUGUUUGUAGCUGAAUAGCAGUUGCUAACUGACUAGCACGGAUGUUCAUAUCUCUUUACCAACUUAGUAGUGGCCAGAAAGUGUACAGAGUGAAGAGGCCAUAAUGACAUUUUAUGGAUUUAAUAGUACACUAUAUAGCCAUUAUCUUGAUAGAUUGACACACAUACAGCUGUCAAUCUUCAGUUUUAAAUGAAGGAAUACAGACAACACUUGAGUACAAUGAGAAUCAAAUCUUGCUGUAGGUGAAUGCUGUCUCUUUGUUUGUCUUUCAGUGUAUUAGAAGACAUUCGUUUUGUUACUUCUCAUUUCGCAAGGUAUGUGCAUGUACACUGAAUAAAGCCAAACCAGCUGGCCAGUUGGGAUAGCCCAUCAAGUAUAGUUCUUCAAAAUGUAUUGCUGUUAAACUAAUGGUUGUGGCUUAUUUCAAUGUUAAAUCUUCAACAGUUUGUAUGUUAUGCACUUUAAUUUCUAAUGUAAAAUAUAAUAAGUUUUUGACAAAGCUUUGAGGCUACAGGAGUCCUCUAUAAUAAACAUAGUUAUUUUUGUCAGAUUCACUAGUGGCACUAUAAAAAUGCUUGCAUCAAAUCUUUAUGAUAUACAAGGAACUGGAACAAAUGCAUCUUUUUCCCACCAUUUUAUUUCACUGAUAAUUCAACAAUUUGUACCUGUUACAUUUGCAGCAGUUAGUGUGUGACAAUUCCUUUCAAUUGUACGAUUGCAAACAAGUUGAAAUAAACUAUGUAUAAAUCAAAAAUA